GCCAUCCAGCAGCCUCUUCUGCUUCUGUCAGCAAAACGGGGCGCAAGUAUCUCGUCGUUACUGUGUAACCUGGAAUUACUGGAUUUACUAACCAUCGAUCAAUCACUUAAAUGACUGGAUUCAGUGAGGAGGGCCAACGACUGGAGUACCACCGCCAUGGAAACAGAGGAUACUGCCCACACAUCUUCUCAGAAUGAUGAUGCCACGACAGCAUGCAUCGUUUCUGUGAAAGGCAUGAAAGACAACUGGCAGAAGUGGUGCAGCGAGCACGAGCAGUACCAGAAGCACAACCCCUUCAGUCAUGACAGCAGGUCGAGCGUGGCUGUGAAGGAGAGAGGACAGGAGGAUUAUGGGAGACCCGUGGAGGGGUCCCUGACAGAGCAGCGGGGGAAGGAUGCUCGCACACACAUCAGCAGAGAGGUGCAGGAGCUGUGCCAGGCCAUAAGGAACAUCGGCCAGCUCAAGGAGAAAGGCGGGGAUGUGAAAGUGAUCACAGUAGAAUUUGGGAAGCUGUUUGAGCAUUAUGUGAAUAUCUCCAAUAAACUGGUGGGGAUUCUUUUACGGGCCAGGAAACAGAGACUCGUCGACUUUGAAGGGGAGAUGCUGUGGCAGGGGAAGGACGAUCAUGCUAUUAUCACUCUCGUGCCAUGAACAGAAGCUUAGAUAAGUGUUGAUGCCCUGCAUAUUGCAUGCAGGUGUAGUUAACUCACAGCAGCGUUCUCUUUUAUAAGAUAAAAAUCAGAUUAAAUUUGCUUCAUAAAAUAAUUAAAAAACAAAAAAAAACUUGUUUCCAAGAGAAACUUGCCAUCAGUCUUGAACAGGCGGUAGAAAUGAUGAUUGAUGCUCAGCAUACUAGUGAGGAGCAGGUGUGUCAUGACUCCUUUACGUUAAAUACCUCUGCUUGCUAAGCUUUUACAUUUGUGGGAAAACAAGCAUAUAUUGUCUUUAUGCUAUAAACUUGACUACUGAAACUAUAAAGGAUGGAAAUAUGAAGUGGUCCAAAGUUAGUCAAAACUAUAAAUUCCUAAUAUUCGAUGAGGGGAAAAAAAAUCUGGACAAUUACUGUAUGUCAUCAGAGUUUUUAAAGUUCAUGAGCUCAUGUGUGACCAAAUCAUUUGUACCUACACUGGAGUAUUAUUAAUCAAAAGUACAAUAAAUGUACUGUGCACUUGUCUAGGGGGUUCUCACUGACAUCUGUGCACCUUUGUUUAAGAGCAAUAGUCAUGAAUUAAUGAUUCAAAUGACCAGAUGUCAGUGGCAGCUGCUCUGCUACACCAAGUCUAAGUAACAAUAAGAACACCUUCCCUAGUAAAAUAAAAAAGACCAAAUGCACCGAAGAAUGCAUUUGGUGCAG